AUGGCACAGCAUCCUGGACCUCUCCAUGGCUAUAACACCAGCCUGACGACACAGUAUCCUGGACCUCUCCAUGGCUAUAACACCAGCCUGAUGGCACAGCAUCCUGGACCUCUCCAUGGCUAUAACACCAGCCUGAUGGCACAGCAUCCUGGACCUCUCCAUGGCUAUAACACCAGCCUGACGGCACAGCAUCCUGGACCUCUCCAUGGCUAUAACACCAGCCUGAUGGCACAGCAUCCUGGACCUCUCCAUGGCUAUAACACCAGCCUGACGGCACAGUAUCCUGGACCUCUCCAUGGCUAUAACACCAGCCUGAUGGCACAGCAUCCUGGACCUCUCCAUGGCUAUAACACCAGCCUGAUGGCACAGCAUCCUGGACCUCUCCAUGGCUAUAACACCAGCCUGACGGCACAGUAUCCUGGACCUCUCCAUGGCUAUAACACCAGCCUGAUGGCACAGCAUCCUGGACCUCUCCAUGGCUAUAACACCAGCCUGACAGCACAGUAUCCUGGACCUCUCCAUGGCUAUAACACCAGCCUGACUGCACAGUAUCCUGGACCUCUCCAUGGCUAUAACACCAGCCUGACGGCACAGCAUCCUGGACCUCUCCAUGGCUAUAACACCAGCCUGACGGCACAGAAUCCUGGACCUCUCCAUGGCUAUAACACCAGCCUGAUGGCACAGCAUCCUGGACCUCUCCAUGGCUAUAACACCAGCCUGAUGGCACAGCAUCCUGGACCUCUCCAUGGCUAUAACACCAGCCUGACGGCACAGUAUCCUGGACCUCUCCAUGGCUAUAACACCAGCCUGAUGGCACAGCAUCCUGGACCUCUCCAUGGCUAUAACACCAGCCUGACAGCACAGUAUCCUGGACCUCUCCAUGGCUAUAACACCAGCCUGACUGCACAGUAUCCUGGACCUCUCCAUGGCUAUAACACCAGCCUGACGGCACAGCAUCCUGGACCUCUCCAUGGCUAUAACACCAGCCUGACGGCACAGUAUCCUGGACCUCUCCAUGGCUAUAACACCAGCCUGAUGGCACAGCAUCCUGGACCUCUCCAUGGCUAUAACACCAGCCUGAUGGCACAGCAUCCUGGACCUCUCCAUGGCUAUAACACCAGCCUGACGGUUCAGUAUCAGCUGCCUGCAAUAAUCAUCACCUCUGCUUCCCCCUGUACCCCAACUCCCCUGUCCCCCAACCCCCCUGUACCCCAACUCCCCUGUCCCCCAACCCCCCUGUCCCCCAACUCCCCAGUCCCCCAACCCUCUGUCUCCAAACUCCCCUGUCUCCAAACUCCCCUGUCCCCCAACCCCCUGUACCCCAACUCCCCUGUCCCCCAACCCCCUUUCCCCCAACCCCCUGUCCCCCAACUCCCCUGUCCCCCAACUCCCCUGUCCCCCAACUCCCCUGUCUCACAACCCCCAGGUCCUGCAACCCCCCUGUCUCCAAACUCCCUGUCUCACAACCCCCAGGUCCUGCAACCCCCUGUCUCCCAACUCCCCUGUCCCCCAACUCCCCUGUCCCCCAACCCCCUAGGCCUCACAACCCCCCUGUCCCUCAACUCGCCAAGCCCCCAGGCUGCCCAACCCCCCAACACAUCAGGCUCCCUGUUCCCCAACGCCCUAGGCUCCCCAACUUCCCAGGUGCCCCAACUCCCCAGGUCCCCCAACUCCCCAGGUCCCCCAACUCCCCAGCCCUAA